AUGUCAGCGACAGAACCAGUAAAAGCUCCUCGAAGGAGGUUUGUUGGUCGCAAAGCAGCUGGAAAGAAUGCUACAGGGUCUGAUGCCCCUAUCACAGAAACACCUACAGAUAUCCAUGACACAGGUGAUUUGCUAGUCAAGAAAAAUACUCCUAAAAAGACGAUCCAAAGGUUCGUCAAUCAGAUUCCACCUGAGAUCCUUAAUGAUCAAGAGCUUAAUACUGCUAUUUCGAUUUUGCCUUCCAACUACAAUUUUGAAAUCCACAAAAGUGUGUGGCACAUUCGCAAACACAGUGCAAAGAAGGUCGCGCUACAAAUGCCUGAAGGCUUGUUAAUUUACGCGCCAAUCAUUGCUGAUAUCUUAGAACAAUUUUGCGGGGUCGAGUCUAUUGUCAUGGGCGAUGUGACUUAUGGUGCGUGUUGCAUCGACGACUUUACCGCAAAGGCCCUGGGUUGCGAUUUUUUGAUCCACUACGCACAUUCAUGUCUUGUUCCUGUAGAUGUCACUGGGAUUAAGGUACUUUACGUGUUUGUCACUAUCGAGAUUGACACUGAACAUUUGCUCAGUACUUUGACACACCACUUCCCCGCAGGAUCGCGACUGACUAUGGUUUCGACAAUUCAGUUUAAUCCCACACUUCAUUUUAUCCAAAAACAACUCGAAUCUCGAGGAAUCACAGUCUUAACACCACAAAUAGCACCGCUAUCCAAAGGUGAAGUUUUAGGAUGUACAUCAGCCCGGCUUAAAAAGCGCGACAACAACAAAGAUAAUAUUGAUGACGACUCGUGGGAUGCCAUCGUAUACCUAGGUGAUGGUCGAUUCCACCUUGAGUCUGCCAUGAUUCAUAACCCAGAAAUUCCAGCAUAUAAGUAUGAUCCUUACUCGCGCAAAUUUACAAUAGAAGAAUACGACUUUAAACAACUAGACGAUGUGCGGCGCGAAGCCGUAAAUGUUGCUCGCAAGGGCAAGACCGCGGGGCUAAUUCUGGGUUCCUUGGGCCGCCAGGGAAACCCUGUAACUCUCAACAUGUUGUAUGAGAGAUUAAAGGAACGUGGAUUAGAUGUGGUGACGGUUGUCCUUUCAGAGAUUUUCCCCGAUAAGCUGGCUAUGUUUGACGAUGUAGACUUUUGGGUGCAAGUUGCAUGUCCAAGACUUUCCAUCGAUUGGGGUUACGCCUUCCCCAAACCUUUGCUAACACCAUACGAAGCUAUGGUGGCAAUGGAUUCAGACGAGGACUGGAAGAAACUGGGGUAUUAUCCCAUGGACUACUAUGGUCGAGAUGGUUAUGGCCGUGGAAGUGUUCCUUCUAGGGUGUAA